CCCACUCCCCUGACCCAUCCAUCCAUCCAUCCAUCGAUCAGGGCGCAUCUUUGCCGAGGCGGGUUUCCUCCCCGUUGUUCCCUCGCAAAGGCGGAGAGGCAACUCACUUGUGCGCCCAGGAACCUUUGGGAAGAGAACAAGAGCCCUUUCCCUCGCCGCCUUUCUUCCACUUCCUCGCCCUGGAGACCCAGAGGAACCUCGCUCCCACUUCCCGCCUGGGACACUUUCUCCAGAGAUGGCAUUUUGGCUUGAAGUGCAUUGACUGAGAAGAGAAAUGAAGUCCAAGCAGUCCAAAUGGUUGCCUGAAUUCCAGGUGUUCUGCAGAUUUCUGGCUGGAGCUCUUAGCAAUUCACCAGAAGGCCUCUUACUCCUGCCAUUGCAUAGAGUGUGGACUCAUAUGCAACCUUGCCUAUAGCAGUCAGAAUGAGUAUGAUGCCAUUGGGGGCACUCCUUCUUUCUGCGCUGUGUUUCCUGGGGACCAUCAUCCCACCAGGACUACAAUAUGCCUCCUUUUCUUACAACGUCACCAAGUUUCUUCAUUUGGUCAUGGAUCCCGAUUCAGGGACUCUCUAUCUGGGAGCGACGAACUUCCUUUUUCAGCUGACCCCGGACCUGACGAUGGAGGAAGCCAUUUCCACGGGGCCUUUCUAUGACAGCAAGGAUUGCCUUCCUCCCGUCACCAUGGAGAACUGUCCCCCGGCCCAAAAGACGGACAACUACAACAAGCUCUUGUUAGUGAAUCCCCUGGAAAAGGAGCUCAUCGUGUGUGGCAGUGUAUGGCAAGGGAUCUGUGAGAAGAGGAGGCUUGGCUCUAUUAAAAAUGUCCUCUUCCAACCUCAGACUCCGGGAGACACGCAAUACGUGGCAGCAAAUGACCCCAAUAUUUCCACAGUGGGGCUGGUUGGGUACUCCAAAGACAAUGUGCCGCUCCUCUUUGUGGGACGAGGGUAUACCAGUCGGGGAGUGGGAGGCAGCAUUCCCCCCAUUACAACGCGAAAUCUUAGGGCUCAUCCUGGAGAAAUCCCAGGGCUAGAUUCACACCCCAUCUUCUCCUAUGAGGAAACUGCAAAACUGGCCGUGGGCCGGCUUUCGGAGUAUAACCAUCACUUUAUCCAGUCGUUCACUCACGGCUCCAGCGUUUACUUCUUAUUUUACCGGCGUGAUCUGAAGUCACACUCCCGUGAGUAUAGGACCUAUAUUUCGAAGAUCUGCCUGGACGACUCACACUAUUACUCCUACGUGGAGCUACCAUUGCUCUGUAGGAGCAAAGACAAGACUUACAGCCUCCUGCAAGCUGCCUAUGUUGCACAACCUGGCGAAGAAGGAGGCAAUGGCUCAGCCCAAGGAGAUGUGCUUUUUGCUGCCUUUUCCGCCUGGCAGGCAUCUUCGGGGAAACUGAGCGAGGAAUCUGCACUAUGUAUUUAUACCAUGGAUGAAGUGGACCGUCUCACCACGCAGACCAGGGACCUCUGCUAUACCAAGGAUGGGAAAUCGGAGGAAGGGGUGGAGGUGGCGUAUAUCGAAUAUGAUGUCAAUUCCAUCUGUGUCCAGCUCUCAGCGGACACUUUGGAUGCCUAUCCCUGUGGUUCAGACCAUACUCCAAGUCCCAUGGCCAGCCGGCUGCCACUUGGAGCCACCCCGAUCCUGGAAAAACCAGAUUCACGUCUCACUGCGGUGGCGGUCAGCAUCGAAGAUGGACACACUGUCAUCUUCCUGGGGGACAGCAAAGGUCAACUGCACAAGGCCUACCUGGGAGCAAUGGGAGACGCUCACCUCUAUGCAUCUCAGGUGAUCCAGCCCAACAGUGCUGUGAAUGGAGACCUCCUUUUCGACCAGCCCAAGGAGCAUCUGUAUGUCUUGACUCAGUCUAUGGUAUCCAAAAUCCCCAUAUUCGAAUGUUCUCUGUACUCUGACUGCGAGUCAUGUUUGGCACUGAGGGACCCAUAUUGUGGUUGGUGUGUUCUCCAAGGAAAAUGCAGCCGUCGCUCUGAAUGCUUCAGGUUCCAAGUGAGUGAGCAGUGGCUCUGGGGCUUCAACUCAACCCAACAGUGUCUGUCCGUCCAGUCAGUGACCCCCGCCAGCAUCAGCCGAGAAGUACAGAAAAAUAUACUCUUGACUCUUUCGGAUUUGCCAACCCUGCAGAAUGGGGAGUCGUAUUCAUGCUUCUUUGAAGACUAUGAAAGCCCAGCAGUGUGGAUGGGGUCAGGCAUCAUGUGUCCCUCACCAGAUCCCAGCCAUGCACCAAUUUUGAAAGCAGGAACAGACCACAUAACCAUUCAGCUGGUGAUCCGCUUCCGUGAUGUUUUCAUUGCUUCAACAUCAUUCUCCUUCUAUGAUUGCACAGCUGUGGCGUUUCUGCGGAAAUUGGCACCGUGCCAGGGGUGUGUGAGCAGCCAUUGGGGUUGUAACUGGUGCGUCCAUCAACAUCUCUGCACACAUAAAGCCAUCUGCGAGGAAGGAGCCAUUAUCUACAAUGAGAGGGCUCAGACACCAAGCAUCAGCCCAUUCCUACCUUCAGCCACUCCAUACGCAGCAGAAUCCCCUUCGCCUUCUCCAGAUGUAGCUACUGAACCCCCUCUCCUCCCAGCCACAGCUGUGCCAACAUCUGCUCCAAGUCCCACCACCGAAACAGUUAUCCCUCCCACCACACUGCCCCCAACUACCCUCAGGACUACCUUUCAGCCAGAAACCCUCGGUUCCACCCAUGUGCUCUCAACAACCAUAGACGCUGGCACUACCUUGGAAGCAACCACAGGCUCCCCAACACUGAGCCCAACUGAAGUGCCUGCUACUACUCCACCUACCUCUGAGCCUACCUCCAGCAGCGAACCAGAGACCUCUGGCCCCGUGACACACUCUACCUCACAACCUGUUAUUGAAACUGAAGGCUGGUCAACUAUUGCUUCUUUGACUACUCCUCAUAACACAUUGCAGCCUUUUGUGGAGGUGCUGACAGCUUUCCCAGACACAGAAAAUUCCACAACGCCAUCUACCAUCCCAAUGGAGUCCACUUCUCCUGUGCCAACGCCUUUCAACUCCAAUCAGUCAGAAAAUGCUUCCAUCUCUUCCUCUGACUUGCCACCAGAAGACCUGGAGACAGAGCAGUCUUUUUCUAAGGAAGUCCUAUCUACUGACCUUCCAGACUGGUUACCUCCUGAGGAUAGCACUGAAUCAAUGGAGUCGCCGGAAAAUGACACAGCUUCCCUUUCUGCCUCUAUUCUUUUGUCAGGCGAUGGAGAUUCCUCAGAGAGCGACAGCUCCGAUUUCCCCAGAAUCCUGAACCAAGGGCUCGACUAUCAGUAUGAUGCUCCUGGAUUUCUAGAUUUGAGUGAGGAGUUCAAUUGGGGACCAGAAGCAUGCCCUUGUGUGAGGGGAAUUCAAGGGUCCUCUCUCAUGCCGGUCAACGUACAAAGGAAGAUAACACUGAUCGGGAGAAACUUUCAUCUCUAUCAGGAUCAGCUUUGGGACUAUGAAUGUGCCUUGGUUCUGGAGGGGAAGACCUUGGUGAUGGAGGCUUAUAUCGAACAGGAUGAAAACAAUCCAUCCCUUUGCUAUAUCACCUGCCAGUUGCACCAGUACAGCUACUCAGCCCCCCAACUUGAAUUCAGCGCAGUGAUAUUUGUGCAAAGAAAGCGGCAUCUCCGUGUGGACAGCAUCGAAGACCUCCAUGUGACACUCUACAAUUGCUCCAUGGGACACUUGGAUUGCAGCCGCUGCCAAACCGCAGAUGCCAAGUAUAACUGUGUGUGGUGUGGAGGGGAGCAGCCCAGCUGCCUAUUUCGGGACUCUUGCAAAGAAGAGGUCGCAGACGUGUGUCCAGCUCCUCUCAUUCAUGCUGUUUAUCCUUUAACCGGGCUGACAGAAGGUGGCACCAGAAUCACCAUCAGUGGCUCAAACCUUGGUCAGAAACAUGAAGAUAUUGCAGAGAGAGUCACUGUGGCAGGAAUCCCCUGUGAGGUUGACACUCUGGUUUAUGAGAUCUCCAGCAGUAUCGUAUGCACCACGGGCGGAAGCAGCACAGAGAGGUCCGGGCAUGUGGUCGUGGAGGUUCCCGGAGGAGGACAGGGAGUCUCUGCUCACGUGUUCACAUACCAGAACCCAGAGCUGAAAUCCAUCUCUCCAUCCCGAGGUCCCAAGGCUGGAGGCACCAGCCUGACAUUGAAGGGUACCAAGCUACUGACGGGAAAUCCCAGCAAAAUCAGCAUUCUAAUUGGAAAUUUCCCUUGCUACAUUCUUUCUGACAUGCAGGAGGACACACUGCAGUGCCUCACAAGUCCCAGCAAUGCAUCUGUGCCACUUCAGGUCACAAUCAAAUAUGGAGAUCAAGAACGGAAAUUGGAGCAUUCUCUCUUCAAGUAUACUCCUGACCCCAACAUCACAUAUGCAGAACCAGCCAAGAGUUUCCAGAGCGGAGGAAGAGAAAUCCGGGUUCAUGGGCAUAACCUUGACGUUGUGCAGCAGCCCAGGAUCCAGGUCACGGUUUCACCAUUGGAGCGCCGACGCCGGGGCCUUGGGAGAUGGCGUCGAAUUAUUCCCGAUACAGAAUGCCUGGAAAAUGCCCUCUGCAGCAUUCAACAGUUUGAAGAGCCCUGUGAGGUCAACUCCUCCCAUCUCAUCCUGUGCAAAACACCCGGCAUUCAACAGCUGCCCCAUUCCAUCCAAGUAAAACUGGAAUUUGUCCUGGAUAAUCUCAUCUUUGACUUCAACUCCUUCCAUCCAAGUGGCUUCUCCUAUGAGGUGGAUCCCAUCUUGAAGCCACUCAACACAGAGGACCAAAGCAAACCCUAUCGUCACAAACCUGGAAGCGUCAUCUCUGUGGAGGGGGAGAAUCUGGACUUGGCAAUUAGCAAAGAAGAGGUGAAAGCCAUGAUUGGAGUCGGAAUCUGCUCAGUGAAGACUCUCACAAAGAACCAUCUCUAUUGCGAACCUCCUACGGAGCAACCAGUCCCACAGCACCGGUCCAAGCGGGAAGGCGCAGAUUCCUUGCCAGAGUUCACAGUUCAGAUGGGAAAUAUGAACUUUUCACUCGGUCGGGUGCAAUAUGACACAGAGAGUCAGCUCAACUUUCCCCUGGAAGCCCAGAUUGGAUUGGGUGUUGGAGCCUCCUUUGUUGCUUUGAUUGUUCUCAUCAUUGUCUUCAUAUACAGGCGAAAGAGCAAACAAGCCCUGCGGGACUACAAGAAGGUUCAGAUCCAGCUGGAAAAUCUGGAAACAAGUGUCCGAGAUCGAUGCAAAAAGGAAUUCACAGACCUCAUGACAGAGAUGAUGGAUCUCACCAGUGACUUAGUUGGAACUGGGAUUCCUUUCUUGGAUUACAAGACCUAUGCAGAACGCAUUUUUUUCCCUGGCCACCGUGAGUCUCCAUUACAGAGGGAUCUGGACGUGCCUGAGUCUCGGAGGCAAACAGUGGAACAGGGCUUGGUACAGCUCUCCAAUCUCCUCAACAGCAAGCUCUUUCUGACCAAGUUUAUUCACACCUUGGAAAUUCAGCGCACGUUCUCUCCGAGGGAUCGGGCCUAUGUUGCAUCGCUUCUCACGGUCUCAUUGCAUGGGAAACUUGAAUACUUCACAGACAUCCUCAAGACUCUCCUGAAUGACCUGGUGGAGCAGUAUGUAGCCAAGAACCCUAAGCUGAUGCUGCGAAGGACCGAAACAGUGGUUGAGAAGUUGUUAACCAACUGGAUGUCCAUCUGCCUCUAUGCUUUUGUAAGGGACUCUGUUGGGGAGCCCCUCUAUAUGCUCUUCCGAGGGAUCAAGCACCAGGUGGACAAGGGGCCAGUGGACUGGAUAACUGGGAAGGCAAAGUACACCUUGAAUGACAACCGUCUUCUUCGAGAGGACCUGGAAUAUCGCACACUGACAUUAACUGUCUUGGCUCAAUCUGGGAACACAGUCGGAAGUACGGAGAGUGCCCAAGGGGUGUUGGUGAAGGGUCUCGACUGUGACACAAUCACUCAGGUGAAGGAGAAGAUCCUUGAUCAGAUCUACAAAGGGACACCUUACUGCCACCGACCAGACCCGGACUCCCUUGAUCUGGAAUGGAGAUCAGGGCUGGCUGGGCAUCUUAUUCUCUCUGAUGAGGAUGUGACAUCGGUUGUUCAGGGCAAUUGGAAGCGUCUCAACACAUUGCAGCACUAUAAGGUGCCUGAUGGAGCCACGGUUGCCCUUGUUCCCCGUAUGACCAAGCACCUUCCCAGGGAGAAUCAGGAUUACAUCCCCGGAGAGAAGACUCCAAUGCUGGAAGAUGCUGACGAAGGUGGGAUGAAGCUUUGGCACCUGGUGAAGCCUACGGAGGAGCCUGAGCUGCCAAAACAUCGCCGAGGGAGUCUACGUGAGCGGGAGAGAGCCAAGGCCAUCCCAGAGAUCUAUCUUACCCGCCUCCUCUCCAUGAAGGGAACACUUCAAAAGUUUGUGGAUGACUUGUUCCAAGUGAUCCUCAGUACCAGCCGUCCAGUCCCACUGGCUGUGAAGUAUUUCUUUGACCUGCUGGACGAGCGGGCAUUGAGUCAUGGGAUCACAGAUCCAGAAACCAUCCAUAUCUGGAAGACAAACAGCCUGCCUCUGAGGUUCUGGAUCAACAUAAUCAAGAACCCACAGUUUGUCUUUGAUGUGCAGACAUCAGAUAAUGUGGAUGCUGUGCUGUUGGUCAUUGCUCAAACCUUCAUGGACUCCUGCACCCUUGCUGACCACAAGCUGGGCCGGGACUCUCCCAUUAACAAGCUGCUCUACGCCCGUGACAUUCCACGCUACAAACAGAUGGUGGAAAGGUACUAUGCAGAUAUCCGUCAAACCAUCUCUGCCAGUGACCAGGAGAUGAAUUCUGCUCUGGCUGAGCUAUCACGAAAUUACUCAGGUGAACUCAAUUCCUUGGUGGCUCUGCAUGAACUCUACAAAUACAUCAACAAGUAUUAUGACCAGAUCAUUACGGCAUUGGAGGAGGACCCGACAGCCCAAAAGAUGCAGCUGGGGUACCGUUUGCAACAGAUUGCGGCAGCCGUGGAGAACAAAGUCACGGACUUGUGAUGUGCUCAGGACAGAGGGACAGUCAGACGAGUGAAGCAGGGGGACAGACAACCUCCUGCUGUGCAAUCAGGACCACGUGCUCCACAUUGAGGCGGAAAGAGGAGCAGACCAGGAAAUGCCAAGCGCAAGGGGCCAAGUGUGCCAGUGGAUUCUCUCUUCUCGCCCUCUCUCUCUUUUUUACAGACUUGUUGCAAAUAGUAAAAAUAAUGGUGAUAAUAAUAAACAUUGCUUAGGGAAGAUCUUUCUGUAAAUGGAACCUAAGCACCCUCUGGAUGAGCCAAGUCAAGCAGACAGGAGGCCAUGGGAGGAAGAGGCUUGCUUUAGCCACACAAGACGAUGUUGCAUCCUUGCCUUGCAGCAUGAAGUUACUAAGGAUUUUGUUGCAGGCAAAGACCUUAACUGAUUAAGCUGGGACCACAAGAGAGAAAAUAACUGUCCCUUGACUAAGUAGCAGGGAGAACUCCCAUUUCCCCAGAUUGACCGUGGAGUGUAUCCCUUGUGGUACCUGGUGGCACUUCCUUUUCUCUUCCAAAAUCAUGGCUUCAAGGCAGGCUAGGACAAACGCAAAGGUACAGGCUGAGGAAGGAAGAAUUGGCCUGCAAUUCAAAGGUGCCUGGGACUCCCAUCAAACUGUCAAGUUGGUCCUCGCAGCCCCCAGCAAAGGCUCUUGG